AUGAAUGCAGAUGUCAGCUGCAAGACCUGCUGGGAAGUGGCAGCUGCAGGAGAUGUUGGCACCUGCAGAGGGGCACUGUUCCGCCGCAGCCAGCCCUUGGAGCAGCAGAGAUCACACCUCCCCGUGGGGGGUUUGGUCAGCCCCACAUGUCAGCUGAGCCACGAGGGAACUCAGCCACAGUGUGAAGCACACCCGGCAGGGUGGGUUUCUGGGAAUACUUUAUUUUCAAAAACAGGUCUAACGGUCUGGCCCAUGUGGCUCAAUGGUGGAACACUGACCUAUGAACCAGAAGGUCACCAUUCGAUUCCCCAUCAAGGCACAUGCCCCAUCAGUGAUUCUCAUCAUUGA